AUGGCUGUACCAGGUGCCGCGGACGAAGAGUGGCUCAUCAUACCUCCUCAUGCAUCUAUCGUCAUGUGCCGACUUCUCUGCUGCUGCAAAAGUCUGAACUGCCAGAACUUAUGUCGGACUUUCUUCCCAAGUCUAGCACACACCAAAGCACACAUGCGACUAACGAUGGGGAGAACACGGUGGUCCCCUUUGGAUACUGCUGAACUCCACUGUCAACAACAGGAACAAUGCUGUCCUUCAGGGCGAAGAAACGUCAGACAGGACGAGGUUGAGUCAUCGUAA